CCUGAAAACAUUAAAACAGUCGAGAUCAGCCCAACCUGCGCAGUUUUAACGUGACAACUUGAUCUGCUAGCUGUGCAUACUGUGGGAAGCGUGGCAGGAAGAGAGUCAAACUCCACGGAACCAUGAACACUGAACAGUGGAGAUCAAUCUGAAGUCAGACAUGGAAGCAAAACUGAAGAAAGAGUUGGGGACGAGCAUACUAAAACCGACUGGCCAUUCUGGAGGUGGUUGUAUCAGCGAGGGCCAAAGCUAUGACACUGACACGGGGAGAGUAUUUGUGAAGAUUAAUCACAAGAGUGAGGCUAAAUUGAUGUUUGAUGGGGAGAUGGCGAGUUUGGAAGCUAUUUUUAGGACAGAAACUGUUAAGGUCCCAAAGCCCAUAAAGGUGAUUGAGCUGGACAGAGGAGGAUGCGUGUUUGUAAUGGAACAUCUGGACAUGAAAGGCCUCAACAAGUACUCAAAGCAACUUGGAGAGCAGCUGGCAGAUCUUCAUCUUCACAACAAGACACUACAGGAAAAGCUUAAAAAAGAGCAGCAGACAGUGGGGAAAGGAGCUGGUCAAUCAGAGGUUGCUGUUGUUGAGAAAUUUGGCUUUGACGUAGCUACAUGCUGUGGAUACCUACCACAGCAAAAUGAGUGGCAGAGCGACUGGGUGGCUUUUUACUCUCAGCAGAGGCUGCAGCAUCAGCUGAACAUGGUGGAGAAGUCUUAUGGUGACAGAGAAGCUAGGGAGCUUUGGGCCAAUCUACAACUGAAAAUUCCUCAGUUUUUCUCUGAUAUAGAGGUUGUUCCCGCUCUUCUCCAUGGAGAUCUGUGGGGAGGCAAUGUGGCCGAGUGUGCGGAGGGCCCGGUCAUCUUUGACCCGGCAACUUUCUACGGGCAUUCCGAGUAUGAGCUCGGCAUCGCUGGAAUGUUUGGUGGCUUCAACAAGGCGUUUUACGCUGCUUACCAUCAAAAGAUUCCUCAAGCUCCAGGAUUUGAAAAGAGAAACCAGCUUUACCAACUCUUCCACUAUCUAAAUCACUGGAACCACUUUGGCGGUGGCUACAGAGGAUCCUCAGUGCGGAUCAUGAAAAAUCUACUGAAGUAGCUGCUGUUCCAGUUGCUUAUAUUUUUGCAGUCUUAACCCCAGCACAGUACAAUGCAAAUGUUAAUAGUUUGGCUUAAACAUCUGGAGAAUAAAAGAUAAAAAUUCCAGUAUUUUAAAUAUCACAGCUGAAAUGAAUAGUUUGAUUGAUGUUAAAUGAGUUAAAUUAUGUUAAGUGAGUUUAAAUGUAAGCUAUGAAAAAUAGUACAACUCAAACCACAAAAUGCCAAGUACACACAAAAAAACUUGAUUAUAUUUCCUUUAAAAUGACAACAAAAUGUGUCUUGUCUCAUUUCAUAAAAAUACACAUUUUCUUUGUUUCUCAGGUGGUAACAAAGUAAAAUUGAAGCUUUUGACAUUCAAACAUACUUGAUCUUUAUCAUUUUCUCCUCAAAAAAUUGUUUUAAUUAAAACUGAUCUUUGUGUUCAUCUGCAAGAUUGAACGGUAUAUGUUUCUUAAUAGAUUGCUGUAAUUAUAAAGAGUGGAAAUAUAUUUUUUACGAUAAAACUAAAAUUAUGCAUCUUAAUCAAUGUAACAAAAGUAAAAAAAUACUGCUGCUAUCCAGAUCUGUGUAAAGAAUGGCACCCUUUGUAAUGCAAAUGUAUAGUUCAUCAUCCAUGCAUAAGUAACAACGGAUUGUUAUAUAUGCUUACUACUGAAACAGAAAUAAACCAUGCAAUAAUUUAUUGAAAAUAAUUAGGAUCUUUUUUUACUAGUCUCUUUUUGUAGAAGUUGUGGUUUUUGGAAAAUAAGAAUAAAGGUACCUGAAGUAAAAGUAAAAA